GAUGAGUUCUAAAAAAUUAAAAAGUCACGGAAGGAGAAUCCUAAUUUGCAAAGGUUCUAAAUUAUAAAAUCUGUAUAUAAAACCUUUGUUUUUUAAUAGUUGAAAUCAGCGCUUCAACAACGAUUGCUUUUUCUUCUUUCUCUACAGUCGUCAUCGAACCCCAGUUUUAGGGGAUUCUUGAAGUUCAACUAUGAUUUACACGGCAAUAGACACAUUCUAUCUAGCAGAGGAGCAGCUUAUAAACUCGCCUUCUAGGAAAGAUGAAAUUGAUGAAGUGACUGAAACAGCACUUCGAAUCUAUGGUUGUGAUCUCAUCCAAGAAAGUGGGAUUUUGCUCAGAUUACCCCAAGCUGUAAUGGCCACUGGUCAAGUAUUAUUUCAUCGCUUCUACAGCAAGAAAUCAUUUGCCCGUUUUAAUGUGAAGAGGGUUGCUGCUAGUUGUGUUUGGCUUGCAUCAAAACUCGAAGAAAGCCCGAGAAAAGCAAGGCAGGUGCUUGUUGUUUUCCACAGAAUGGAAUGUAGGAGAGAAAACUUACCUGUAGAACAUCUGGAUACAUCUUCGAAGAAAUAUAUUGAUUUGAAAGCAGACCUGAUCAGAACGGAGAGGCAUCUUUUAAAAGAGAUGGGUUUCAUCUGCCACGUCGAGCAUCCUCAUAAAUUUAUAUCAAACUACCUUGCAACUCUUGAAACACCCGCAGAAUUGAGACAAGAGGCUUGGAAUCUUGCAAAUGACAGUUUGCGCACAACACUCUGUGUAAGAUUCAAGAGUGAGGUUGUGGCUUGUGGAGUUGUAUAUGCUGCAGCCCGUAGAUUUCAAGUGCCCCUCCCAGAGAAUCCUCCUUGGUGGAAAGCAUUUGAUGCAGACAAGGCUGGUAUAGAUGAAGUUUGCAGGGUUCUCGCUCAUCUUUACAGCCUUCCAAAAGCACAAUACAUUCCUGUGUGCAAGGAAGGAGGCUCCUUUGCUACAUCAAACAGAUCAAGGGACUCACCAUUGCUUCCUGUAUCUAAGGAAGGUUUGGUGGAUGUUCCACCAGUGAAUGAAGAUACUGAGGAAGUUGCUAAGGAUGCAGUAACAAAAGCUGCCCUUGAUAAGUUAAAGGACUCAAAGAAGAGCGAUGAUGACUCUAAAAGCAUGCCUUCAGAAGGGGAGUCAAAAGAAGAACCUGGAAGAGCUGACCAUAGAACAGAUGCUGGUGGAGAAAAGAACAAGGAGAGAGAGAGGGACAGGGGCAGGGACAGGGAGAGAGAGAGGGAUAAGGAAAGACUAAAGUCUCGUGAACGUGAUAGGGGGAGGGAAUCUGACAGGGAAAGGGAGCGAGACGACUUUGAAAGGGACAGAGAAAAAUCCAAGGAAAGGAGUCAUCGUUCGAGAGACAAAAGUCACUCAGAGAAACCUAAACAUCACUCUUCUCGAGAUCGUGAUUACCAGUCUUAUUCAUCACGGGAGAAGGAUCGUCGUAGACACCAUUAGCUUGGAACGACCUGGCAAAAUGUUACCAUGCCAAAUAUGUUUGUCGUUUUUCUGGAACAUAGCUGCAGUUCUUUGCAUAUAACUGAGAGUACCGCCUUGGCGAAACUGUAUCACACCUUUAUAUAUUAACUAAGGGCUGUUGUAAUCGACACAUUGGUUUUAACUAUUUUCGUUUAGUUCUCAUGAACAAUUGACAUACCUUUGUUGUUCAAAUUGCUUGUAGACUAAAGCAGGGAUUGUUAACUUUCUGCACAACAGUCUUAGACUUACGUAACUGAAAUUACAGUCAUUUAUAUGUAGUUUAGCACUCA